UUUAAUAAACAGCUCUAUUUAGUUCUCCCUCCCUGUAUCCAGGGAAGUGAACUGGUCUGGGGCUGCUGUGAUGAAAUGCCAGAAGAAUAUCUCUCAAAGGCCUCACAAGCUGAUUUUUAGAGCUUUUCCGUUUUGUCGUCUUUGUCUUCCAAAUGGGAUCCAAUGAUAGCUGGACAAGUCAGUAAGCCCUUGCUGUCACUGCGGAGUGAAAUGAAUGCAGAGUUGAGAGGUGAGGACAAGGCAGCUACUUCAGACAACGAGCUGAAUGAGCCCCUGCUUGCGCCUGUGGAAUCAAAUGACAGCGAGGACACUCCCAGCAAGCUCUUCGAGGCCAGAGGAAACACAGUGCUGCCUGACGCAAGCCCACCAGACCAGCACCAACCCAGUCAGUCGCAUCCUGCAUUCCCUGUUGGGCCUCAGCCAUUACUGACAGCCCAACAGUUAGCCUCAGCAGUAGCGGGGGUGAUGCCAGGAGGCACUCCAGCCCUGAAUCAGCCGAUCCUUAUUCCUUUCAACAUGGCUGGGCAGCUGGGGGGCCAACAAGGACUCGUCCUAACUCUACCUACAGCGAAUCUCACCAACAUCCAAGGACUGGUAGCAGCGGCUGCAGCAGGAGGCAUCAUGACUUUGCCAUUGCAAAAUCUACAAGCUACCUCAUCCCUGAACUCCCAGCUUCAACAGCUUCAGCAUCUUCAGCAGCUCCAGCAUCAACAGCAGCAGCAGCAGCAGCAGCAAGGUCAGCAGCAGCAACAGCAGCAGCAAAGCCAGCAGCAGCAGCAGCAAGGUCAGCAGGCACAGACUCCACAGCCACCCCAGCAGACCCAGCAGCCACAGCCGUCAGCGCCACCGCAGCAGAACCAAACACAGUCCCAGAGCCAGAGCCAACCACCUCCGGCCCCACAGUCCUCCAGCUCCCCUCAGAAACCCAGCCAGUCACCAGGGCAUGGCCUUCCAUCUCCUCUUACUUCACCAAAUCCAUUGCAGCUGGUUAAUAAUCCGCUAGCGAGUCAAGCAGCAGCGGCUGCAGCAGCAGCAGCCAUGGGCUCAAUAGCAAGCUCCCAGGCUUUUGGCAAUGCCCUCUCCAGUCUUCAGGGGGUCACAGGUCAACUCGUCACUAAUGCACAAGGACAGAUUAUUGGAACAAUCCCACUGAUGCCUAAUCCAGUCCCCUCCAGCCAGGCGGCAGGUGGAGCUCAGGGACUUCAGGUGCAGCCGAUAACUCCACAGUUAUUGACCAAUGCCCAGGGCCAGAUCAUCGCUACUGUCAUCGGCAACCAGAUACUCCCAGUGAUCAAUACCCAGGGAAUAACACUAUCACCGCUCAAACCAGGCCAGCAGCUCCAUCAGCCCUCCCAGACGCAAGUGGGACAAGCAGCCUCACAACCCAAUCUCCUGCAUUUGGCUCACAGUCAAGCAUCUAUGUCUCAAAGCCCAGUGCGUCAGGCUUCCUCUUCUUCCUCCUCAUCCUCCUCCUCUUCAGCUUUGAGUGUUGGCCAGUUAGUCAGCAAUCCUCAAACAGCCACUGGAGAGGUGGAUGGGGUCAAUCUGGAAGAAAUCCGCGAAUUUGCCAAAGCUUUUAAAAUCCGGCGCCUGUCCCUUGGCCUGACACAGACUCAAGUUGGCCAAGCCCUAAGCGCCACGGAAGGCCCAGCCUAUAGCCAGUCUGCCAUCUGCAGACACACCAUCCUGAGAAGCCACUUUUUCCUACCACAGGAAGCCCAAGAGAACACUAUAGCUAGCAGUCUGACAGCCAAACUGAACCCUGGCCUUUUGUAUCCUGCCAGGUUUGAAAAGCUGGACAUCACCCCUAAAAGUGCCCAGAAGAUAAAGCCGGUGCUUGAGCGGUGGAUGGCUGAGGCUGAGGCCCGCCAUCGAGCAGGUAUGCAGAACCUUACCGAGUUUAUCGGAAGCGAACCAUCCAAAAAGCGCAAGAGGCGUACCUCAUUCACGCCACAAGCCCUUGAGAUCUUGAAUGCCCACUUUGAGAAGAACACGCACCCCUCUGGGCAAGAAAUGACAGAGAUUGCAGAGAAACUGAACUAUGACCGGGAAGUAGUUAGAGUUUGGUUCUGCAAUAAGAGGCAAGCACUGAAGAACACAAUUAAACGUUUGAAACAACACGAGCCUGCGACAGCAGUUCCUAUGGAGCCUUUAACAGACUCUCUGGAAGAAAACUCCUAAAACCGAAACAAAACAAAACCACACACAAAAAUCCUGCACCAACAGUAACGUAACCAUUCGAACUCUGUGAAAAUACCUGUUCAUCACCCUUGUAAGUAAAAGACUGAGAAAACUACAAGAAGGACAGAACAGUUUAUAAAUGUCCGUGGGUUUUCCUAUUUAAAAAACAAAACAAAAAAAUACACAACACUUAGUGUGUGUGUGUGUCGUAGAAUUAGUUCCCAAAAAAAAAAGAAAAAGCCAGUUUUUUUAAAUGGACUUAAAGUAAACCA